CUUUCGCAUUGCCCGUUUCAAGUCCCAGGCCACCACCACCACCACCACCGCCGCCGCCAACCACCGCCAACCACCACAUCGCCGUCGCUCGCGCUGCCCAGCCCCCCAGCUCACCGUCCCUCUCCGCCGCCUGCAGCCAAACGGCGUCCCCUCGACGCCCUUGCCCUGCCCAACCCGCCUGCAUAUGUGCUCUCCACCCUGCUAACCAGCCCGACAAGCCUUGGCUUCGUGCAUUGUUUCAACCAGACCUCUCCCAGCCACGCCCGCCCAAACGUUGCGGCGCAUCGUCUCUCUGCCUCAACAACCACUCUCCGCGCCGCCGUGAACCCCCGCCGCCCACUGCUCGCUGCAUUGCGCCCUACGACCUGGACGCUGCACACAGACAGGCUCCGCUCCCCUUCCCGCCCCGACGCGCCUGAGUGCAAGGCUGCGCCCUGCUCGCCCUGCAAACCACACCACAGCCAUGGUCAAUUCCUACGGCCAGUUUGCCGACUUUUGCAGAGAUUCCGGCAACACUUGGAGCACGCUGCCAGUAUGCUAUCUCUUCAACCCAGCUUCCACCAGGAACAACAACGGAUGGCCGAGGGGCUGCACCUUGCAAGGUUUUCCUGUUGGCGGAGGCCGCAACCUGCAUAACCUGGGCUCCAUAUUGCUAAGCGCCAUCGCCAUCCUCGUUACCCUCUUCUUGCUAUGGAGGUCGCAGAGAAAAAAGGCUGCUGUCGGGAGGAGAGAAAUGCAGCUUUUCCUCAUCGGCUACAUCAUCGUCUCCAUUUGCGAAAUCUUCACCGUCGGCGGCUUGCCCCUCAACCGCAAAGUGCGCAUUGUUUUCGUGGCUAUACACAUUGCCGCCAUCACUGCAACGUCUUGGAUGCUCAUGCUCAACGGCGCCGUCGGCUACCAACUCCUCGAUGACGGUACCAUAGUGUCAAUUGGUCUGCUCUUGGGCUCGGCUGCCAUCAUAUUCAUCGGCACCGGCUAUAUCGCACUGGAUACCGGCCUUGACUGGACCGGCUUCUGGAACUCGAGUCUCAACCCACCCAACCAGGCCUACGCUCUGUACACGCUGUACCAGCUUGUGCCGCUGUUCUUCAUCAUCGUCUUCUUUCUCCUCGAGGCAUUCCUGGUUCUGCGCGUUCUCGGCGAACGCAAGCCUAUGCUAUAUCUCAUGGCAGCAGCCCUCUUGUUCGCCAUUGCGCAAAUCUUCCAAUACGUCAUCAGCGUCCACAUCUGCAAUGGUACAGACGGCAAGAUCAACGGGGGCCUGUUUGAAACGCUUUUUACCCUCCUGGCGGUAGUAAUGGUGUGGGUCUUCUGGUCGAGCAUUACCGAGGACGAUUGGCCCAUGCCAACGGUAGCCGGCUCCGGCACCUAUAACUAGGAGGACUUGCGUAUAUAUAGGUGUGUGUGUGUGUGUGGAGACUAUGCUUGCAAAAGCAAUGGCGUAAUGUGUUUUUUAUGAUGGCGGUCUUUUUUUCAGGCAUAGCGUAUACCAUUUUGGGGCUCUCUGGACGCAUUCGAUGUGUCAUGCCGCCUUCUGCUACGAUAUAUAUAAUGUUUGCUCAAUGGA